AUGUUGGCAGAAGAUCAAACCCAAAAGAAGCCUACACUGCCAGAGGUUUUGGAAGAGUUGAAGAGCAUUAAGGACAUAGCCUUUCCAAUAGCUGCCAUGAGCUUGGUGGGAUACCUGAGGAACAUGAUCUCAGUUGUGUGCAUGGGGAGGCUUGGCGCUCUGGAACUAGCUGGAGGUGCGCUGGCCAUCGGUUUCACCAACAUCACCGGAUACUCCAUCCUCUCAGGCCUUGCAAUGGGGAUGGAGCCCAUCUGCAGCCAGGCGUUCGGCUCCCGCAACCUCUCCCUCAUAGCUCUAACACUGCUAAGAACCAUUCUCAUGCUGCUUGUUGCCUCUAUCCCUAUCGGUCUGCUAUGGGUUAACCUUGAAGCUAUAAUGCUUAGGCUUCAUCAGGACCCAGAUAUCAUACAAGUUGCUAGCCUCUACUGCCACUUUGCCCUUCCAGACCUUAUCCUCAAUAGCUUUCUUCACCCUCUGAGGAUCUACUUACGUAGUAAAGGCACAACAUGGCCAUUAAUGUGGUGCGCUUUACCUGCUAUCCUUCUGCACCUACCCAUCACCAUGUUCUUGGCCUUCACCCUUCGUCUCGGGGUGGCUGGCAUCGCGGGUGCAACAGUCAUCACCAACUUCAACGCCCUUGUCUUCCUAGUAAGCUAUAUACUCUGUACUCGCACCUCUGGCUCUAUCAAGGAACCCAUUAUGUACACGCCACUGUUUCAGCCUCCUCCUCCUCCUCCUCCAAAAAGCUCACUACAGGGAGCUGUGGGAGGGGAAUGGGGGAAGUUGAUUCGACUCUCUCUGCCCAGUUGUCUAGCUGUUUGUCUGGAAUGGUGGUGGUAUGAGUUGAUGACCAUCCUCGCCGGUUAUCUUUAUAACCCUCGAGUAACCCUAGCAACAUCGGCUAUUGUCAUACAGACCACAUCUCUCAUGUACACGCUGCCUACAGCGCUCAGUGCCUCGGCAUCAACGCGUGUAGGUAAUGAGCUCGGGGCGGGCAGGGCGAGUAAGGCUCGACUGGCAACCAUGGUAUCCAUGGGACUAGCUGUUGUAUUCUCCACAGUGAGCUUUGUAUGGUGCUCCGUAGGGAGAGAGGCCUGGGGAAGAGUCUUCACCCAGGAUGGCAAGGUUCUGGAGCUAACAGUGGUGGUGCUACCUAUUAUCGGUUUAUGUGAACUGGGGAAUUGCCCACAGACAACUGGUUGCGGCGUCCUCCGAGGCAGCGCUAGGCCCAUCAUCGGUGCUGCAAUCAACUUCUACGCCUUUUACUUGGUGGGCUUGCCCGUGGCCAUGGUGUUUGGCUUUGUCUUGGAAAUUGGCUUUGUGGGACUCUGUUAUGGCCUUCUAGCCGCUCAAUUUGCUUGUGCCUUGUCAAUCGUAGCUGUGAUUUGCAAGACGGAUUGGGACAGAGAGUCAUCCAAGGCCAGAGACUUGGUUGGAAUGGAUGCUGCAUGCGCACAGCAAGACCCAACAGCAAAAUCCCAAGAUGAAGUGGAGUUUCUUAAAAUAGAGUGUGAAACGUGGAUGCAAAUCGCAAGGGAUGAUGCAACAUUCAUACACAUCAGCGCGUCCCCACAUGCACAUCUCAGCGUACAUUGA